AAUCACAAUUGCAAAAAAAAUAUACUGAAUGUAAUAAUACUGAAGGUAAUAAUACCAAAUAUAAUAAUACUAAAUAUAAUAAUACCAAAUGUAAUAAUAUCGAAUAUAAUAAUAUCGAAAAUGAUAAUAUUGAAUAUAAUAAUUUUGAAUUAAUAAUCUUGAAUUAA